CUUAAACCUCUCUUGAGAACUUGGCGCCGUACUGAUUCAUACUUCUCAUGUCGGCGACAAUGGUGAAGGACGAGAUUCUCAACUACAGUGAUGAUGAAGAAGAGAACUUCUCGGACGACGGAGACUGGGGAGAUUGGAAAGCAGACGAUAAUGGCGUAGGAAUGGGAGGAGGAGAGGAGGAGGAGGAUGACGACUCCGAAUCUGAUUUUCUUUGUUUGUUUUGUGAUUCUCACCACGUCUCCUGCGAUUCACUCUUCGAACACUGUCGUCUGAGCCACGGGUUUGAUUUUCGUGGUGUUAGAAAGGAAUUGAAGCUCGAUUUCUACUCUUCGUUUAAGCUCAUCAACUAUAUUCGCUCACAGGUGGCUGAGAACAAAUGUUGGAGUUGGAGGAUCGAAGCUGCUGAUUUCAAAGAUGUUAAGUUUCCUUGGGAUGAAGAAAAGUAUUUGAAGCCCUUUUCGCAGGAGGAUUCACUUUUGUAUUCAUUUGCAGAUGAUGAGGAAGAUGAAGAAGACACGUUUGACAGAGACGCAGUGAUGGAGGAUUUGCAGAAACUUGGGGAUUUAAGCAUUGAUCUUGAGGCUUUAGGGGAAACUUCAAUGUCGAACAGUGGUAAAUGCAAUAUUAAUGGAAGUAAGGAUGUAACUUUGCUCUCAAACUGCAAUGCCCUGAAGCAAAGUUCUGCGGAUGGUUUGAUAGUCAAUGGUAAAGAUGCAGAACCAAAGGUUGGUAAUGGAAGGCUAUCUAAUAGGAACAUCAGAAAGGUGAAUGAAAACUAUUUUGGAUCUUAUAGUUCGUUCGGCAUUCACAAGGAGAUGCUUAGUGAUAAGGUUAGAACAGACGCAUACCGAGAUGCACUUUUGAAGAAUCCUACUCUCUUGAGUGGCUCUGUUGUAAUGGAUGUUGGUUGUGGAACUGGGAUAUUGAGUCUCUUUGCUGCUAAAGCUGGGGCUUCAAGGGUAGUUGCUGUUGAAGCUAGUGAGAAGAUGGCCAAAGUUGCAACUAAGAUUGCGAAGGAUAACAAAGUAUUCAGUGAUAACGAGCAUAAUGGGGUACUUGAAGUUGCACACUCAAUGGUUGAAGAGCUAGAGAAAUCGAUACAGAUUCAACCUCAUAGUGUUGAUGUGUUAGUCAGCGAAUGGAUGGGAUACUGCCUUUUAUAUGAGUCAAUGCUCAGUUCUGUGCUCUAUGCAAGAGAUCGGUGGUUAAAACCUGGAGGUGCAAUCCUCCCUGACACGGCCACUAUGUUUGUUGCCGGAUUUGGAAAAGGUGCCACAUGUCUCCCUUUCUGGGAAGAUGUCUAUGGCUUUGACAUGUCUUCAAUUGGUAAGGAAAUACUUGAAGAUACUGCUCGACUUCCCAUUGUUGACGUUAUACAGGAGCGUGAUUUAGUGACGCAGCCUGCCCUUCUUCAGACAUUUGACCUGGCUACCAUGAAACCGGAUGAAGUAGAUUUCACAGCAACAGCAACGCUGGAGCCCACUGAGUCAGAAGCAAAAACUAGGUUGUGCCAUGGUGUUGUGUUGUGGUUUGACACAGGUUUCACCAGUAGGUUCUGCAAGGAAAAUCCAACUGUACUAUCCACAUCACCCUACACUCCCCCAACACACUGGGCUCAGACAGUCUUAACUUUCCAAGAACCAAUCUCAAUGGCUCCGGCCUCAUUUCUGUCUGGUGAUGACAGAAGAGGAGACAUUGGAACUGAAGAGUGUCCUGCCUCAAGCAUUCAUCUGCGUGUGAGUGUUGCACGAUCAUAUGAGCAUCGCAGCAUUGACAUCUCCUUAGAGGUUACUGGGCUGAGCUCAAAGGGUCAGAAGCAUCGUUGGCCAAUUCAGAUAUUCAAUCUAUGAAUGUGAUUGUAGCCAUUGUAAGAAUAUUUUCCUCAACUUUGCGGAGGAUCUUUUCAUAAGUUGCAAGAUUGUUCUAAAUUUAGCCCGUAAUAUCAUUAUUUGAGUAAGAUAAGCUUGCGAGA